AUGUCUUCACUUUUCACACUCCCCAUUGCGCAAUGCGGUGCUCACCAGGGCGGCACGCUUACAUGCACUGAGCCUUCACCUAGAGUCUACCUUCUCACGCUCACGUCUCCCCCCGACAACCGUCUUACAACGCCUGUUCUCAAGGCAUUCCUCAACGCCCUAGAUAUCAUCGAGUUCGGUUAUCCUCACGGUGUUGUGGCGACUACUUCAGGGAUUCAAAAGUUUUACAGCAAUGGCCUCGAUCUUGAACAUGCAGUUGCCACGGAAGGCUUCUGGCCUUUGCUGUACGAUGUCUGGAACCGAUUUUUGACAUACCCAAUGCCUACAGUGGCCCUCAUGAACGGCCAUGCAUUCGCAGGUGGUCUUAUGCUUGCCACAUCCCAAGACUACCGCCUGGCUCCCUCCCCACGAGGCUUCCUCUGCCUCAACGAGCUCGUCUUUGGCGCGCCCCUAAAGCCCGCCAUGUCAGCGCUCUUCCGCGUCAAGUACUCCCACGCCACCUACCGAAGCCUCGUCCUGGAAGCCAAGCGCUUCACAGGAGAGGAUGCUGUUGCAGCUGGUAUCGCCGACGAUAUUGCGCCCAAGGGUCUGGACGACCUUCUGCGCUUCAUCAGGGAGAAGGAGCUCAUUGACAAGAGUAAGUCCGGCGUUUACGGCGUAUUAAAGAUGGAGAUGUACGCGGGCUUGAUUGAGACUAUGAAGGGUCCUGCCAUGGAAGCUCAUGAGGCCAGGUUUGAGGACGCGCAGAGUCGAGAGGGUGAGAGAAAGGAGUUUGGAAAGGUUUGGUAUGAGCAGUGGUUGAAGGAGGCCGGGGCCAAGGCCAAGCUCUAG